AUGUAUUUAAAAAGCAUCUCAGCAUCUUCAACCAUAAUUUUGUUCUACAGUGUUAGGGCACUCUGCACAAAACCAACAUCAUCAAAUAUUAAAGAUAGUCUCAUGGACAGCAAUACAUGGUCUGGUUAUGAUUUCACUCCUGAACCAAAUUAUCUGGAUCAAGCAUUACAACAUCACACUCAAAAUUUUCAAGAUGAAAACAUACCAUACCUCCAAGAGGAAACUUCCCGGUUGAAUGGAGCCACAGUUCCAGACAGGUCAUCCCAAUUUGAUCCAUACAAGAACAAUUUUGAGGACCUGAUUCAUGGGUUGGGGCUAUACAAUCCAGCAUACAAAUUUGGAAUUGAGAACACCAAGCAAAGUGAUAUAGGUACCUCAGAGUCAAGAAUAUAUCAAGUGAAUCAGCCGCUGGAUACUGAAGGCAAAUCAAGAUAUUCUCACAAUCCUACUCCCAAUUUCUUCUAUGAGCCUCACUCCAGGAACUUUGAACGGUUUAAUGAAGAGACUGCACUAGUGCAUCCUCAAAGCUUACACCUUGGCCAACCAAGCCAAUGUGAAAUUCGAAUGCAAGAAAUUGGGCCACACCCAAAUAUACUAGACAAUAUUCAGAAUUUUGAUUCACUUUCAAUUAUCAAUGAUCUUAUCCGCAUGCCAGAAUAUCUCAGCUACGGACUGAACCAUGACUCAUACUCAUUCCAAGAUGAAAAUCUCCACCAUUCUAAUGCAAAGGACAUCUGGUCCAAUGAGCGUUUUAUCACACAGAAACAACCUCAACGUUCCUGUUACAAGAAUCAUUCUGAGGAUGAUCUUGGUAACAUGGAAACACUUAAAUACAAUUCUGGACAUGAUCACCAGGAUACUGAAGUAGGUACUGCAGAGACAAAUGCACUGUACCACCUCCAGGAUACAAGCACACUUCUUCCUUAUCCCAGCCGUGCUUCUAAUUGGUUGCAUGGACCUUUCCAUACAUCCCCAGGCUUUCAAACAUUUAGCAAAGGAAAUGAAUUGGCUCUGCAUGAACGCCCAUACUUUGACAAAGGAAGUUGGGUUGAAAGACAAUUGCAAGAAAACCCAUCACCACCCAAUUCUUUAGACAGUGAUCAGGUGUUUGGUCCUUGCCAGAUAGGCAGUCUUGGCAUGUCACAACCAAUUCUUGAUCAACAUCUGGUGAAUAUUGAUCACAAUGAUAAGUUCUUUCAAACCCCACUUGAAUUUGAUGAGGAUGUUUUAUCCAGAUGGACUGAGGAAGAUUUACAGAAUAUGAAAAAGCUCUUGGAUCCAAGUCAAAGUGAUCAUCAGGGUAAAGAGGAAGGGACUGGGCACAAGGACACCAAAAUAAGUCAGCCUCUUCAUGAAGAGGAUUCUGUACACAGUGGUAAUGAAGCAUCAGGACAGAUAGUAGAAGCUCACAAUUUGUCCAACACAGUGCAACCAUUGAGUGAACUGGGAGGAUCAAAUAUUGGAAAAAAGAGCCUACUUCCAGAGAAUGAACUGGAUCAUAUUCAAAAAACUAUCAGCACAAAUAUUUCACCAAGUCCUUCAACCCCAGCAAACAUUGAUCAACACAUUAGAGCAAUGUUCCCAAAGAGGAGGAGAUUGAAUCCCAUAGCAAAAGUAACAGAUACUCACUAUGAUCAUGCUUCAACCAAAACUUAUUUGAAUUUCUCACCUACUGAAAAUAAACUUCAAGUUUCCAUGGAAAAAGAGAACAUAAACUCCACGAAGUACAAUAAAGUAAGGCAGGUAUUACAAACCCUCAAACAGACAGGUUCAUUUAAUGUUGAUAAUUCACUCACUCUCUCUUAUGAAACAUCUCGUUGGUUUCUCGACCUCAAGACUAAAAUGAUAGCAAACUCUCCCCAGAAUCAAGCUUGGAUUAAGCAGGUUUCUGUAGCAACAAAGCAUGCUUACUCAUAUAUCACAAUGGCUUUUCUUGCACUUCUGUCCAUCUAUGAUUCAAUUGCUGACAAUCCGACCUCAAUUGAUCAAGUCUUAAAAGAUGGUUGGGAUUUUGUCAAAUUACGAUUUGAAAAAUGGGAAAAUAUGAAGUUGGAGAAGAGGCAUAUCAAAAGGUUCCAGAAAGCAAGGAUGUCUUAUGGGGGAGGUGAUUGGCAGGACCCUCAUUUUGUGUUUCAAUACCUAGCUAAAUUAGACUCAGAAAAAAAUAUGACAUCAGAAAUCUUGAAAUCCAUUGUUGAUGAAUGGAGAAAGUAUAGAAAAGGUUCAGAGAUUCCACUUCAAUCACCAGGACAGGUACUACAGGAUAUAUUCAAUUCAUAUCAACCUGAGUCAGGAUUUAUUCUAGGUGGCUUCUUUUCAAGAGGUGAUGUGAAAAACCCUCAAUUUGAACAGAUGAAUAACCAUUUGACAAUAAAAUCAUACAGCAAGGCCAAAGCCAGAGAAAUGGGAUGUGUACGUAUAGCCAAUUCAGCAAACUUCAUGUCACAAGAAGGUUUUCCAUUAUGUCAAGAAGUUCAUAUAUUCUUUCUUUCUUUAAUGCAAAGCCUACUAAAUAAUUACAGAAACAUGAAUGAAUGUGAUGUUCCUACAGAAGAGCUAACACCAUGGCUACAAUCUACAAUGCAAUCCAAUGUUGAAGGGAGGCAUAAGUCAAAUGUGAAAAAAAUUGUCAAAGCUGUCAGUAUUGCUGAAUACAAGGUGACAGUAGGAUUUAUAGGGAUAGUAAGAGAAUUGUACCAAAGCGAUCUAGCAGAGGAUGAGUUCAGGUUACUCAUUUCAAGUGCAUGGGGAUUCUUGAAAAACACAUUUUCAGAGUGGGAGAAGUUCAAAUUUGAAGAUAAAUACCUCCAGAUGUACUUUACUCAACUACAGAAACGUCCAUAUUCAGAACUCUAUUGGUCUGAUCCCAAGAAGAUAUUUCAUGGACUCUGGCAGAUUCCGCUCUAUGAAACUUGCCCAAUCCCAAUCACAUUCUUAAGAACCCUCUUCAAAUCAUGGACCAAGGUGGUCUAUGAAACUGAAUUCAUGAAAGGAGGUAUUCCAGGCUUCAGACCUAAGAACAUAUCCAACAACUACUUUGUAUCACAAACAAAUAAUCUUAAUUGA